GAGGGCGCAGGCCCGGCCCGCCCCCGGCUCCUCCCCGGCCGGGCGGGCGGGCGCGGCGCGCAGGAGCGGAGCGGAGCGGAGCGGGCGCGCGGAGUAUUUUCAUCAAAGAGUGACGCAUCAGGACAAGAGUGAUCUUGGUUUCCCAUCAGGCUAGCACCAUCCACGAAAAUCCUCCCGUAGGGAGCUUGGAAAAACCUCCAGUAGGGCUGCUAACACUGAUGAGAGAUCUUGUAUGCCAAGGAUAUUCAUCUGUGAAAUCUGGGGGGGCAGGGCAAGGCACGAGAUAAAGGAUUUAAGCGGUCUUCAGUCUCAGACAGGUUGUCAGUAUUUGAACAGACCACAUCAUGCGUGAGUACAAGUUAGUGGUCCUCGGGUCAGGAGGCGUGGGGAAGUCUGCUCUGACUGUACAGUUUGUUCAGGGAAUUUUUGUUGAAAAAUAUGAUCCCACAAUAGAAGAUUCGUAUAGAAAGCAAGUGGAAGUAGACUGUCAACAAUGUAUGCUUGAAAUCCUCGAUACUGCAGGGACAGAGCAAUUUACAGCCAUGAGGGAUCUCUAUAUGAAGAAUGGUCAAGGGUUUGCACUAGUAUAUUCUAUUACCGCACAGUCCACAUUUAAUGACUUACAGGACCUGAGGGAACAGAUUUUACGGGUUAAGGACACUGAAGAUGUUCCAAUGAUUCUGGUUGGCAAUAAAUGUGACCUGGAAGAUGAACGUGUAGUCGGCAAAGAACAGGGUCAAAACUUAGCAAGACAGUGGUGUAACUGUGCCUUUCUAGAAUCGUCUGCAAAAUCUAAAAUCAACGUUAACGAGAUCUUUUAUGACCUGGUCAGACAGAUAAACAGAAAAACACCAGUGGAAAAGAAGAAGCCUAAAAAGAAAACAUGUCUGCUGCUUUAGAUCCCCACUACGCAGCAGCUCUGAGCAGAUUGCAGGAAUGAAGAACUGUUGCCCAAUUGGAAAGUGCCAGCAUUCCAGACUUCAAAAAAAUGACAUAAAUUAACGACAUAUCUGAAGAGGCUUCUCUUGUUUUUAUAUAUUAUGUGAAGAAUUUAGAUCCUAUCAUGGUUUGCACAAGGUCCCUGGAAAAAGAAAUUGCUCUGUGUAUAUCUCUUGGAAAAUUAAGACAAUAGUAUUUCUCCUUGCAAUAGCAGUUAACAGAUGUGAAGAUAAAUAUAAUUGACUCUAGUGUAUGAUUAUACAAAAGAGCAUGGAUGCAUUUCAAAUGUUAGAUAUUGCUACUAUAAUUACAAUUUCAUAUUGAUCUUUUUAUCAUAAUUCUUCCCCAUCAAGCACUAAAAAUGUUCAGCCAUUAUACCUUAUAUCUAUAAACUUUAUAGAUAUAUAUUAUAUGAAAUUCCCCUUUGAACUCACUGCAGCAAAUAACUUUUUGAGUCAUUUGACUUCAUUUUAUAUUUAAAAGUUAUGGAAUAUCAUUAUUUUCAUUCUGCCAUUAUAUUCUAAUUAAAAUGUUUGUGCAUAAUGCUUUGGAAAAAAUGGGUCUUUUAUAGGAAAAAACUGGGAUAACUGAUUUCUAUGGCUUUCAAAGCAAAAAUAUAUAAUAUACUAAACCAACUCUAAUAUUGCUUCUUGUGUUUUAAUGUCACAGAUUAAAUUACAGCUUUUAUGAAUAAUUAAAUUUUAGUACAUUUUCAUUUUGUUGGUGUGUUUUUUGGGUUGUGUUUUUUUUUUGUUUUGUUACAGUUUUCAGGUUUUAGUUUUUUGUCCUUUUUUUUUUUUUAAACAAGUGUUUCUGUGAUUUCUUCCCUCAACUCCACAGUUAUGACAACAAGCUGUCUUCUCUCUCCCCUGUCUUGGAUGUAUUUAAUCAGACUACGCAGUAAAGUACAGCAGCCUACUUUUAAAUAGUUUUGUAUAUUCUUUUGGAUGUUUAAAGACUGUAUUCUGCUGCAAGUAUCCCUCUGUACAAUUAUUUUUAUAUGUAAAAUUUAGUUUAAUAUUGUAUCAAGGUCUAGCUUUUACUACGAUCUUCAGUCUGACAAAGUUGUAUGCUUCACUGGGGGAAUGUGUGUUUUAACCUUGUUAAUCUAAAGGGCAAGAGCCCAAGAAUGAAGUGUUACAUUCAACAUCUCCAACAAAACGGUGGAUUUGAGUUGUUUUUUGAGUGAAUACAAUUGCACAGAGGCAACCAGCUGGUUAUUAGUUUUUUACACGAACCUUGCAGCCAAUAUAAAUACGGAAGAGGCUGGUAAAUUUGUCGCAAUGUGUAUAGGGAGCUGAAUGUGUUUUAUAAUAUCUGUUUCACAAGUUCGCAGAGUACAGGGUAUGGAGAGACCCACAUGUGUUUAUCAGGCUGUCUCCUCAUUUUUGUGUGCAAGUGGGAGCAGCAGCACAGGCUGGAGAUCUGCUGGACCCGAUCACCUCUUCAGACUUAUACUGUUGAAAUGCUGUUAGCUUUGGAGGACUGACCACCACGGCACGUGAGAGUAAGUGAGAAGAGAACCGAGUCUUCGCAGCGGGGCAAUGGAGUGUUCUCGGUUGACCCCAUCCAUCCCGACGGCGCCUUCUGUCCAAAAGAUUUUCAGUUAGGAAAUGAAAACGUAGCUGUAGCCAAAAGAUUGUUCCUGGCUCAGUUUUAUUGGAAACCAUGCAUGUGGGAUUUCUUUAAGCCUGUUCUCUAAAGAUGUCAUGCAGCUGCCGAAUUGUGCAGGGAUCCCGAUUUUCAAGUGCAGCCUGGACUAAAAGGAAUGAAAGAACUUGGACAAGAACGAUGCAGAAAAUGUCUGUCUGCUCAUCGGUUGCUGGGAAAAACUUUAGUUGCUUAGCUGCUUCCCUUCACUAACCUAGCUAUGCACUUCCUUCUCUAGGAGGACCCGAAGCAUGGUCUCUGCAGGUUAGUCGAUAUCUUUACUAAAUGUAAAGUUAUUUUAGUAAUAAAGUAAUUUUAAUGUAA